CUCACAUUCUCCCACAUUCCAAUGACUCCAUGAGACUGAAAUAACCUCCUGCGAAGACCUUUUUUUUGCUCAUUCAACCGUUUUGUAUUGAUCCGGACUGGGAAGAACUUGGAUUGCACAUUUCGUGUUUUAUUUUCCACUCAUUUUUUCCUAUUUGCACAGAUCAUCCUAAUACAGCAGCAUUCCGUUAUUUGUUAUACCAUCCCUGUAUUCGGGGUACAAUAGAGUUUUUAGCCUUUACAUUUUGACGUAUUUAUAUUUUAUAGCUUUUUAAAAACGGUUUCCGUUGUUUUUGCACAUCGUUUUGUUUCUCCUCGACCAAAGUCGCGUUACGUUUUGUUUUCUUGUAGUAAAUAUAAUAUAAUAAGCUAGUUAAAAUGACAGGUGUGACUUCUUUGGACGCUGUGAAGAGAAAGAUCCAGUGUUUGCAGCAGCAGGCGGAUGACGCAGAGGAUCGGGCUUUGGGUCUUCAGCGCGAGCUGGACAAUGAGCGCGAGCUCCGGGAGAAAGCGGAGGGUGAUGUGGCAGCCCUGAACCGCAGGAUUCAGCUGGUGGAGGAGGAACUGGAUCGGGCUCAGGAACGGCUGGGAACUGCACUGCAGAAACUGGAAGAAGCGGAGAAAGCAGCAGACGAGAGUGAGAGAGGCAUGAAGGUAAUCGAGAACCGCGCCAUGAAGGAUGAGGAGAAGAUGGAGAUCCAGGAGAUGCAGCUAAAGGAGGCCAAGCACAUCGCCGAGGAGGCUGACCGCAAAUACGAAGAGGUGGCCCGUAAACUGGUGAUUCUCGAGGGUGAGCUGGAGCGCGCGGAAGAAAGAGCUGAAGUCGCUGAAUGCAAAGCUAGUGAUUUGGAGGAGGAAUUGAAAAACGUUACCAACAACCUUAAAUCCCUAGAGGCUCAGGCAGAGAAAUACUCAGAAAAAGAAGACAAGUAUGAAGAAGAAAUCAAAGUUCUUAGUGACAAGCUGAAGGAGGCCGAGACCCGUGCAGAGUUUGCAGAGAGGACAGUGGCCAAACUGGAAAAAUCCAUUGAUGACCUUGAAGAAAAAUUAUCUUCUGCAAAAGAAGAAAACCUGGGAAUGCACCAAGUGCUGGAUCAAACACUUCAGGAGCUGAACAGCUUAUAAAGCAAGACGAUGAGAGAAAACGACGUCCAUCUUAAAACAUUCCACAAAUACUCUCCUUCAUUCCAACUCGCAAACUAUUGAGCCCUAUUUUCUCACAGAAUAAUAAUUUAAUUUUUGGUCUGAGGUAUUUCUUUUAUGCUUUUUCUUUUCUCGACUUGGCUCGACAACUUUCAAAAAUUAGCCAAACGAUGAGGUGCUAUAUCUGAGUUUUCCUGUUUUAAGUAACUUAAUAAAUGUCAUACCUCAUGGGAAAGUGAACAUUCAUGUGCUCGAGCAAAAAAAAAAAUCACUUGAAGUUGUGCUAUUGUGUAUUCUGAAGAACCGAAGAAGUUAUGAAGGCGUUUGAAGCGCAGUUUGGCGUUUUUCAUAAUUACAACAUGCGCGCCAUCUACUGGUCAACAUGCUGCAUUGCAGUUCAUUACUCCAUUGAUAAUGCACCAUGGUAUGUAUACAUUUAUAUUAAAGUACCAGGUUAACUUUGUGGAGCCAACACAAAAUGAAGACCAAACAAAGACCAAAGAAAUAUUAGCUAUUCCUGAAACUUUUUUUGUGAAUUUUCUUUUUUUUCCCCUGUCAAAUGAGUAUUUCAAAAUGCCUCAAAAGUUUCUUUUUCCACUUUCUGUGUAAUAAAUUUUUAUAAAAAGUC